UUACGUUUUGCAAUAUUGCUUUAAGCAUUGCUCUUAUGUUCAUUAAAUUGAUAAAGAUGUUAUUCCCUCUGUUUCUGAUUUGUUACACAGCUAUCCCAGAAGGACGAAGACAUCCUGGAGAUUAUCACCUACCUAGGCUUAAGCCUUUCCAUCAUCGGAAUGAUUCUAACUACAGUCAUGUAUUCCUUGUUCGCAGAUGUUCAUGAACCUCUCCCUCAAAUACGACUGAGUCUCACCGCGUCGCUCGGAGCUGGUCAAAUAAGCUUUUUCGCUGGAAUGCACGCCAUGGAUAACCCAGCCAUUUGCAUCACAGCAGCAGUUCUUACACAGUAUUUCCUGAUGGCUGCUUUCUGCUGGAUGCUAGUGGAAGGAAUCUACUUUUACUUGUUUAUUGUGAAAGUUUACAACUACAGCAAUAGGUUGAUAAUGUAUCACGUCGUGGCAUGGGGUUUCCCCGUCAUUAUGGUCAGCACUUCUCUCAGCAUCGCAAUUGGAAAAGGAGGGAUUCAAAGCUACACCAGCGAUAAAUAUUGUUGGUUGUCGUCAACUUAUGACUUGAUCUGGAUAUUUGUCGCAUUUCUGACGGCAACUGGAGUUCUUGGCAGUUUUAUACUCGCACGUGUCACAAGGGAGUUGACCACAUUGCCGCAAAUUGGAGCCAACAAGAUUCAGCGAGUCCGAGUUGCCAUCAGAACAUGUGUUCUGAUGAUUCCCCUUCUUGGUAUCACGUGGUUGUUUGGUCUUCUGUCGCCACUACACAAGGCUUUCACCUACAUCUUCACCAUUCUCAACUCUGCUCAGGGUGUCCUGAUUUUCAUCCUGCACUGUACGAGAAAUAGUCAGAUAAGGGAGCGAUUGCGAGGCAAAAUUAAAACAAUGAAGAUUGCCCCGAUUAGAGCUCGAAUAAAAGCUCGAACGAACGCUGUUUCCCCAUAA